AUGGCUGACUCUGGCUACAACACUCCCGACGUUGAGUCGGUUCUUCCCAUUCACCCCACCGCUGCUCGUCGGCCCAACUAUCUGACUGUCCAGUCCGAGAACACUCAAUACACAGACGACCACAUCACUUCCAAGUUCGUUAACCGUGGCGCCAGUGUCGACAUCUCCAAUGGGCAGUUCUUAGUCACCCCGACUGCCCAAACCUACGAAUUCCAGACCAAGCGCACUGUCUCGAAGACGGGCCUCAUGAUGAUUGGCCAAGGCGGCAAUAACGGCAGCACGCUCUGUGCUACCAUUCUCGCGAAUCGCCACAACAUUAUUUGGCGAACCAAGGCUGGCGUUCAACAGCCCAACUACAUUGGCUCAGUUCUCCGUGCCUCGACAGUCCGCAUCGGUACUGACAACUCGACUGGGCAGGAUGUUCAUGUCCCAGUGUCCGAUGUUCUCCCUAUGGUCCACCCUAACGACCUUGUCUUGGGUGGCUGGGAUAUUUCUGGUGCGACAAUGGACAAGGCAAUGGACCGUGCCCAAGUCCUCGAUUAUGACCUCCAGCGUCAAGUCGCUCCUUACAUGGCGCUGCUUGGCAAGCCCCUCCCUUCCAUCUACUACCCCGACUUCAUCGCCGCCAAUCAGGAAGCACGCGCAGACAACCUCAUUCCUGGCGAUGACAAACAGGUUCACCUGGACCACAUUCGGGCUGACAUCCGCAAGUUCAAGCAGGACAACCAGCUUGACCGCAUUGUCGUUUUCUGGACCGCCAACACCGAGCGUUACAGCGACAUUAUCCCAGGCAUUAACGACACUGCCGAUAAUUUGCUUGCGGCCAUCAAGUCUUCUCACUCCGAAGUCUCACCGUCCACCCUUUUCGCUGUCGCGGCUAUUCUCGAGGGUGAGCCUUUCGUAAACGGAGCUCCUCAGAACACCUUUGUCCCUGGUGUCAUCGAGUUGGCCGAACGCCAUCAGUCCUUCAUUGGCGGAGACGACCUCAAGUCUGGCCAGACCAAGCUCAAGUCCGUUCUUGCCGAGUUCUUGGUCAACGCCGGCAUCAAGCCCCUUUCCAUCGCGUCUUACAACCAUCUUGGAAACAACGAUGGCCACAAUCUGUCCGCUGAGAGGCAAUUCAAGAGCAAGGAAAUCAGCAAGAGUAGCGUUGUUGACGACAUGGUCAACGCUAACCGUCUCCUCUACAAGGCUCCUGUGGAGGAAGGCACCAAAGGCGAACACCCAGACCACAUCGUCGUCAUCAAGUAUGUUCCCGCCGUCGGCGACAGCAAGCGCGCUAUCGACGAGUAUUACUCGGAGAUUUUCUGUGGUGGAAGGUCGACUAUCAACAUCUUCAAUGAAUGCGAGGACUCUCUUCUGGCCACGCCUUUGAUCCUUGAUUUGACGAUCCUCACUGAGCUUCUUACACGAGUCAAGUACCGAGGCGUUGACAAGAAGGAUUUCGCGCCUCUUUACCCCGUGUUGUCUCUUCUCUCGUACAUGCUCAAGGCCCCUCUUGUCAAGCCAGGCACCGAGGUCGUUAACAGCCUUAACCGGCAACGGAAUGCUCUUGAGGCAUUCCUCAAGGCUUGCAUCGGCAUCGAGGGAAGCAGUGAUCUCCUGCUUGAGACGAGAAUUUGGUAG